GGACCCCUGCGGGGGGCCCAUGAUCCCCACCAAGAAUCCUAGGGCGAGAGGCCUCGUGGUCUUCGACCAACGGGGCCCGUGAGCGAGGAGUCCGCCCUCACAUCCCCCAAAGAGGAAAUUGACCACCACCCCUGGAUCACGAUCUAUACGUUCUAUCCCCACCUGUUGCACUCCGAAUCGCCCCCACCCUCCGAUCUCCCCGGUGUGUGUGUGUGUUCCUCUCUCUCUCUCUCUGUCUGUUUGGCCACCCCUCCAUUGUGCAAGGGACCGCCGGGGGACCGCAGGCUGAUGAGUCACUAUAUAAGACAGGCAAGGACAAGAAGGUGUAUGUUAGUACAUACUCAAUCCUUCCGUAGCUCGCACGAUUCACUACGUGGCGAGCGGCGGCGAAUUCGGCUGCGGCGGUGACCGACUUUUUUUUUCCUCUCUCUCUCUUCUUCUUUUUCUUCUACUUUUCUCACACCUCAUUGUUCCUGCCUCUUCGUUGUCUUCGCUCCCUUCUCUCCGUCCUAAAAUUAUUCAUUGUCAAUCUGCGUCUUUCGAGACCUCCCUCUUCCUAGUACACGCCCUUGAAUUGAUCAUAAUUUAUCCUCCCUUACCGCGACGUAUUGCUCAUUUCUCUCGCGACAACGGCGGUCACAACGUCAGAUAGAGCCAUAGAGUCGGAGGGACACAAUCCGCGAGAAGCGGAAGAGUACGUUUCAAAGAGGACGAAAUUGUGUUUUAUCUUUCUUUUUUUUUAAUCGAGAAAGACUACGAGAGAGAGAGAGAGAGAGAGAGAGAUAUACACACAGAGAUAUAAGAAAAGACUUUGCGCGGACAUAUACAUAUAUACGGUCAGUGGUAACCGCGACAGAUACUCGUUACUCGAUACUCGAGUGUUGCGGAUUUCGAUCGAUCGCUCGAUAGUCCGCGAUCCGAUUCAAGAUGCUAGUGGAAAGCAUCACGCAAUGGAUCUGGAGCGCGAUGGGCGGCACCAGGAUCGAGAUCGUUUAUACUCUUCUGGUGUUCGUCAGUGUUCUCCUGGUGGUGCGGUUUAUUCAGUGGCUCAGGUACAUUCGCACUUUACCGCCCGGUCCAUGGGGAAUGCCGAUUUCCGGUUAUCUGCACUUCAUCAAGGGCGACGUGCAUCUGCAAUACAGCGAGCUGGCCAAAAAAUACGGCUCCAUAUUCAGCGCUCGUCUUGGCAAUCAGCUGGUCGUCGUUCUCAGUGAUUAUCGCGUCAUACGCGAUACGUUUCGACGCGAGGACUUCACCGGCAGGCCGCACACCGAGUUCAUCAACAUCCUCGACGGAUAUGGUAUCGUAAAUACGGAGGGUGCCUUGUGGAAGGAUCAGAGGAGAUUUCUUCACGACAAGCUUAGAAGCUUCGGCAUGACGAGUGGUGCCGGCAAGAAAAAUUUAGAGUCGAGGAUUAUGUGCGAAGUUGAUGCGUUUCUGCGGGGGAUGGCGAUGCGACGCGGGGCGCCCACAAACAUCUCGCUCUGCCUCGGUAUGUCGAUCAGUAACGUGAUCUGCACGCUCAUAAUGGGAAUGCGCUUCCAUCACGGCGACUCGCGAUUCAAAAGAUUCAUGGGCCUCAUCGAGGAGGGAUUUAAGCUCUUCGCCAGCGUGGUGUACGUCAACUAUAUACCGUUCAUGCGCUACCUGCCUUGCAUGCAGGGCGUUCGAAAUAAGAUCUCGCAGAAUCGUGCGGAAAUGGCGAAUUUCUUCCAAGAGACUGUCAAUCAACACAGAGCAACCUUCAACAAGAAUAACGUGCGCGAUCUCGUGGAUACUUAUUUGCUUGAGAUUCAGCGGGCCAAGGAGGAAGGCCGGGAGACUCAGCUUUUCCAAGGAAAAAAUCAUGAUCGUCAGAUGCAACAGAUUCUGGGCGAUCUCUUCUCCGCCGGUAUGGAAACGGUGAAAACUACUUUGGAAUGGGCGGUGCUUUUAAUGCUACACCAUCCGGAAGCGGCACAAGCGGUGCAAGAGGAAUUGGACCAGGUCGUAGGAAGAUCCCGACUGCCUACACUGGAGGAUCUUCCCUUCUUACCGAUCACCGAGGCGACAAUUCAAGAGAUUCUUCGCCGAUCCAGUAUCGUACCACUUGGAACCACGCACGCCACUACACGAGACGUGACGUUGAACGGCUACACGAUACCAGCCGGUAGUCAAAUAGUGCCGCUGUUGCACGCGGUGCAUAUGGAUCCGGAACUCUGGGACGAGCCAGAGGCCUUUCGACCCGCCCGUUUCCUCACCAGCGAGGGUAAGGUCCACAAGCCGGAGUACUUCAUGCCAUUCGGGGUUGGUAGACGAAUGUGUCUUGGUGACAUGCUGGCGCGCAUGGAGCUGUUCCUAUUCUUCAGCUCGCUGAUGCACACCUUCGAUCUGAGACUGCCCGAAGGCACCUCGUUGCCGAGUCUGCGGGGCAACGCCGGCAUCACGGUAUCUCCGGAUCCCUUCAAGGUUUGCCUGCUGCAGAGGGAUCUCAAUCUGGCCAACUGCGGCAGUAACGAGGUCACCACCGGCGGGCCCUUGCGCAACGUCGGCAGCCAUUGAGAGCUUCUUCAGCUGGUUCCAGACGGGCACGGUAGUUGUUCCUAUUGCCGCAGAAAGAUCGAACAAAACAAGAGAGAUUUUGCGCCACGGGCAUCAUCCAUGCACGCGCGCAUCAGCCGAGAUGGAGUCCCGUAAGGUUGUCUGGUUAUAUGUUAAUUAUCGGAGAACGAUCGAGAAUUGAUUUUAUAUAUAAUUAUAUUUUAUAUCUUUUAAUAUCAUUUUAAAGAAGAGAAGAAUUUUAGAUUUAUUCCGUUUGUAAGAGACAAUUUUAGUUUAAUCAAAACUGUAUUUGUAUUAUAUAUAUAUAU